AUGUCUGCCUUGCGAAUACUCGUGCCCGUCAAGCGGGUCAUUGACUAUGCGGUCAAACCACGCGUAAACAAAGCCCAGACAGGGGUCGAGACCGCCGGCGUCAAGCACAGCAUGAACCCAUUCGACGAGCUGUCCAUCGAGGAGUCGGUGCGUAUCCGCGAGAAGAAGACGGCCCCGGGCGGCGUCGAGGACAUUUGCGUGAUCAGCGCAGGGCCGACCAAGGCGCAGGACGUCCUGCGCACGGCGAUGGCCAUGGGCGCGGACCGGGCGAUCCACGUUGACGUCAAGGAGGGGGAGGACCUGGAGCCGCUGACGGUGGCGAAGCUGCUGAAGAAGGCGGCCGAGAACGAGAAGAGCAACCUCGUGAUCCUCGGGAAGCAGAGCAUCGACGACGACGCCGGGCAGACGGGCCAGAUGCUCGCGGGCCUGCUGGGGUGGGGCCAGGCCACGCAGGCGAGCAAGGUCGAGUUCGGCGAGGGUGACAGCGUGAGCGUCACGCGGGAGGUGGACGGGGGCGUCGAGACAGUCAGGGGAAAGCUGCCCAUGGUGGUGACGACGGAUCUGCGGUUGAAUGAGCCGCGUUACGCCAGCCUGCCGAACAUCAUGAAGGCCAAGAAGAAGCCGCUGGAGAAGAAGACCUUGGGCGACUUUGGCGUUGAGAACCAGAGGCGGUUGAAGGUGUUGAAGGUUACUGAGCCGGCACCAAGGCAGGGUGGUGGUAAGGUCGAGGACGUGGACGGUCUCGUGGCGAAGCUCAAGGAACUCGGUGCCAUCUAA